GCUGUUUCUCUCACCAUGGCGCUGCACUCGGACCAUUCCGCUGUAUACGUGGCGUUUCAUUUUGCCAUCAUAGCACUACUUAAUUGUACUACAGCAACUCCGGGGAGAGGCGGCUCAAAUGGGUUGUCACUGCUGCAGCCGUACGACUUCUUAUAUUACACCGGAGUGCGCUCGUACUUCGGCGAGGAGUGGGUGAAGGCUGCAGAGCUGCUGGAGAAAGCGAUCAUAACCAAGCAGUCACUGUUGAGAGUGCGCAGGCGGUGCCACGAUGAGUGUGUGGCAGCAGGGAGAGAUGCAUUCAAGGAACUGGAUUCUGAAGGGGGGAGUCUGUGGGACCUCUGGACCUUGGAUUGGGUUCAGCAGAAGGCUGAAUGUUUGAGGUUCUGUAUUGGACGCUCUGUCACACCUGCAGGACAGCUCCCUGUUUCUACCGAUAUAGAGUAUGAAUUCAGCUCGCGCAACCCAUACAACUUCCUGCAGGUCACAUACUACAAGUUGGAUAAGUUGCAGAAGGCGGCAUCAGCAGCUCAUACCUACUUUGUGGCCAACCCCAGUCACUUAGAGAUGAGGAACAACAUUGAGAAAUACAGACGCAUGGAUGGAGUGACCGAGGAGGCCUUCCAGGACAGAGAGCUUGAGAACGAGAAACACUGGGUCCUGUAUGAUUCUGCAGUUCAGUAUGAGGCCUCCUCUGACUGGCUGCAGGCAGCAGAGAAAUGGAAAGCUUCUGUGAACAAAACACUGCGGCAGACAGACGAGUGCAGGGUGCAGUGUGAGGUGGCCUCCCAAAGGCUGCCAGAGGACAGGGGAGUGGACAGCCAUGAUGGCGUGUUCGAGAAGGCUGCAGCUCUUUCCCUCUCUCUGCUCUCGUGCCGGCAGUCCUGUGUGACUCAGGUAGCCACAAGACCCGGGAGGAUUUCUUCUCAGGAGGACUUCUUGACAACACAGCUGGAGCAUCUACAUAUUGCACAGUUUAAAGCUGGUGAUAUAAGUGGAGCAGUGCAGACGCUUCGCUCCCUUCUCUUGUUUUACCCCUCUGACAGGGACUCCUUAGACAAUCUGCAGCUCUACUACGAGACACUAGGGGGAGACACAGAGUCACAGGGCACACAGCCUGCUCAGGAGAUUGUUAAAUACAUUAGCCGUGCUCUAGAGGAGAAGACACUUCUGUAUUUUGGGAUGGAGAACCUUGACUUUAGUUUCACAGACCCAGAUCUUUGGACUCCAGAAGAUGUUGUACCUGAAUCACUGAGAUAUAGUUGGAGAGCUGAACAAGAGAGAAUAAAUGAUAAAAUAAAGGAAGGAGAGCACAAGGAGGAAGUGGAUGACAGUGGCUUUUAUUCAGGUGGUCCAGUCCUCCAGGUGGGUGUGACCAUCACCAUGGAUGACCAAGUUAUGAACGGGACCAAUCGCGUCGUACUCGACGGAGUCAUGACUGAGAAAGAGUGUGACAGAAUAUUGCAUUUAGCAACAGCUGCAGCAUCUGCUGGGGACGGUUACCGGGGACGACGGUCUCCGCACACGCCUCAUGAGACAUUUGAGGGCCUGACUGUCCUCAGGGCUGUAAAAUUGGCACAGGAUGGUAUGGUGAACCAGUCAGAUGCCCGGCUGUUACAUGAGCUGGGCGAGAGAGUGAGAGUGCUGCUGCACUCCUACUUCAGGAGCCCCUCAGGACUCUUCACCUCUUUCACACACCUGGUCUGCCGCAGUGCUGUUGCAGGUGAUCAGAAGGGCAGGCUGGAUCUGUCUCAUCCUAUCCAUGUUGACAACUGUCUCCUUGAGCCAGAGACCAAUCAGUGCUGGAGGGAACCACCAGCGUUCAUACAUCGAGACCUCAGUGCCGUUCUCUACCUGAAUGACAACUUUAAUGGAGGAGAGUUGUUCUUCACUAACAGGAAUGCCAAGACAAUAACAGCUCGCGUAAAACCCAGCUGCGGUCGACUGGUGGGCUUCUCCUCCGGUCCAGUAAAUCCACAUGGUGUCACUGCAGUGACCAGUGGCCGACGGUGCGCGCUGGCCCUCUGGUUCACAAAAGAGAAGAUAUACAGGGACAUGGAGCGAGAGGAGGCCGAGGCCAUGUGGGCUGCAGAUGGACAGAGCGUGGUAAAAAAGGACGAGGAGGAGCCGGAGGGCGGCGCCACCCCUGCCAGGAACGCUCGGAGCCAAGCGCCGACAGAGAGGAGCAGAGGGAGAGGCAGGGUGACGGGAGGCAAAGACGAACUGUGAGAGCCAGAACGAAUCUGACAGACUGAAAGCCACAAACUGGAAUGCAUGUUAAUCUGCAUCCACCCUCCCAUAGCAGGACCAUUACACCAACCGUGAACACAUGAUUCUUCCGUUUGUUAGCCACACGGUCACUCUCUUCAUCUUGCUGCCUGUUUAUGUAAAGCUGCUUGCUUGUUUGUAUAUACUGUAUUUAUACUGUAUAUGAUGAAGAUGAGUGAGGGAAACACUUCUGUACUUUUGUUUUAGCAGCUCACUGACCGAUAUCACUCCCUUUUAAAAAUGAAAAGAAUAAAAGAAGAAAUAAAAUAGACUCUUAACCAAUGUCGCACGAGUACUAUAUACCAUAUGCACACAAGUGAGGGACUGAAAGAGCA